AGCUAAUCUCGUUUUAUGUACUUUCUCUCUCUUCUGACCAUUUCUCCCAGCCAAAAGAAAAACCAAAACCUUUGCAUGAUCUUAGCUCAAAAACUUACAACAAGAUUAAGACUGUUCAAAUCAGUUUUAUACAAUACUGCACUCAAUUAAAAUUAGCUGUAAUUUCUCCAGACAUUCUCUGAUACUAAAUGUUACCAUACAAGUCCGUGGAAGAGGCGGAGGCCGCCUUAGGCCGUGGCCUGACCGCGGCGGAGACCAUUUGGUUCAACUAUUCAGCUAACAAAUCUGAUUUCUUGCUCCAAUCUCACAACCUCCUGUUUCUCUUCCUACUUUCCGCCAUUGUCCCUCUUUACUAUACCUCACUUGAACUCUUAUUUGGCAACUCCCUCGUUGCUUACAAAAUCCAGCCUAAAGUCAAACUCAACCUCUCCCAUUGCUUCAGUUCCUAUAAAUCAACCCUCCGUACUUUCUUCCUCUUUGUGGUCCCUCUUUUUCUCGGAGUCUCUUAUCCCUCCUCCAUUCAGGGGAAGGGAAGUAGGAGUGGAUUACCGUUGCCAUCAAUAUGGGAAAUAGUGGCCCAAUUGGCAGUCUACUUUGUGGUGGAUGAUUAUUUGAACUAUUGGAUUCAUCGGUGGUUGCACUGCAAAUGGGGUUACGAGAAAAUCCACAAGGUUCACCAUGAAUACACAGCUCCCAAUGGAUUCGCAGCUUUACAUGACCAUUGGGCAGAGAUUUUGCUGGUCGGAAUCCCAUUCUCCGUCGGCCCUGCAUUGGUCCCGGGCCAUAUGAUUACGUUGUGGUUGUGGACGGGAUUAAGGAGCAUUCACGGUGUCGCGAUUCACAGUGGGUACAAUCUCCCAUGGAAUCCUUUAAAGUAUAUCAUUCCCUUCUAUUGUGGUCCAGAAUACCACGACUACCAUCAUUACAUUGGUGGUCAAAGCCAAAGCAAUUUUGGUUUAGUGUUCACUUAUUGUGAUUAUGUUUAUGGAACCAACAAGGGGUACCGCUAUCAUAAGAAACUCCUCCACCAGGAGGGUUUGAAAUCGGAUUAAUAAAUUACUGCCUGCUGGAUCAAUGAGUUCUGAACUUUCUUUAGUUUCUUAUCAAUGAAAUUUGUUUCCGUCUAACGGAGAAAACAGAAAAAGGAAGGUUGUACGUAAUGUGAUGGGUAAGUCUCUCCCAAGUUAUGUUCAGUACAACUAAUUGUAAUUUGCAUUAAACAUUAUUAUUAUUAGUAUAUCAUUUUCUCGGCCUCUC